UUUUUUGGGGGGCAUUCUCUGGGGAGUUCCGAAUAAUUUAUUUCUCACUUCUUUAGUUGAGCUCUUCUUUAAGCUUAUUGUUGUUGACUGGCCUUUACUUGGACUCCUCUUUUUAUGGAAUGAAAAGCUGUUUAUCCUCUUCUUUAUUGGGUUGGUAUUUUUUGAGUGAAUCCAUCCUUGACUUUAAAUUUGUUUUUUAAAUAUUUUUGUUUUGUUUUGUAAUUGUAGGAUACAUAACACCCUCACUUUUAUUUUGCCCCUUCCCCCGGUAGGUUGAAACAGUAAUAUUACCUUCCCUAAAACUUUCUAGAGAGAGGUUGAAACAAUUACCCAGAGUAAUUGUUUGAGCAUAUAACUAUGAAGGAGUUGCUGUGAAGUCCGGUCCGCUAAAGAUGUUGGUUCUCUCCCAGCCGCCUAAAUAACCUUUUACGUUCUCUCUCUUCCAUUGAAUGUCCCCUUCUAAUAGAAUAAUUGAAAAAACAGAAGCUUGGGCAUUCUAUCAGAGGAAAUAUCUUAUCCUUAAAGUUCCUCUUGCCUCUCUCCAUUGUCAUCCAAUGUUCCAAUAUAUCCCUUCAGGAAAUCCAUGUUUAAUGCUCAUCCCUCUUUCCCUUAUAGUAAAAACAAAGCAGCUCCUUUGUGAACUAAUAUUUUUUCCCUUUCUUUUCCGGAAACUUGUUUUUUGUCAAUUUUUAUUUGUCUUUUUUGUUAACAUUAGAAAAUCGGUUAAUUUAAUUGGACCAAAAACGGGUAGCGGUCUGGAACAAAUAAAAAUGGUGGGGGAAGGAAAUGGAGUUUAA